AUGGUCCUGAUGCACGUGAUUGCCGUUGUCUGUGCUCUGGUGGUGUCCUGUGGAGCCUACGUGGCGCAAGAUCACCACCCUGUGGGCUACUCCUACGCCAAGUUCAGUGGCCCAGUCAGUGGUCCCGAGCAUGAGGUGCACGUGAAAGAUGAGCACAGUCAUGGUGUGAAAGUGGACUACAUCGCCAAGCCGGACUACCACUUCGCCUACGGCGUCGAGGAUCCCAAGAGCCACGUGUCCCAGAGUCGCAAGGAGACGAGGCACGGGGACGCCGUCCACGGCGAGUACACUGUGAUCGACCCCGAUGGCACCAAGAGGAUCGUCAAGUACACGGCGGACAAGCACAACGGCUUCCAGGCUCAGAUCAUCACAAAUGGUAAACUCGAAUCCUACGGAGACGGUGGCCAUCAUCAGCAGGCGGCUCCGCACGGCGGCCACGAGCAAUAUACGCACCACGCGAGUGGCGAGACCAGCGAAGAAGAUGACGAGUACUAA